AUGAGGAUCCUUGUAGCUGACCUUAAUGGCCGUGUUCUAGAAGCCGACCUGACCUCGUGGGACAAGACCUUCGCGUUCUUCCACGUCCCUUCAGACACCCGAGACGAGGAGGAGGGCGCGGGGUGGUCCCAGAUCCACUUCAGGAGACUUCAAGGGCCCGCGGACUCUUCGGGAGGCUUCAAGGGGCCGGGGACUCUUCAGGAGGAUUCAAGGGCCGCGGAAGGAGGAGAGGGGCCCGGGAUUCAGGAGGCUUUCAGGCUUCAAGGGCCCGGGGACUCUUCAGGAGGAUUCAAGGGGCCCGCGGACUCUUCAGGAGGCUUCAAGGGGCCGGACUCUUCUUCAAGGGGCCCGCGGAGGAGACUUCAAGGGGCCCGCGGACUCUUCAGGAGCUUCAAGGGGCCCGCGGACUCUUCAGGGACUUCAAGGGGCCCGCGACUCUUCAGGAGGCUUCAAGGGGCCCGCGGACUCUUCAGGAGGCUUCAAGGGGCCCGCGGACUCUUCAGGAGGCUUCAAGGGCCGCGGACUCUUCGGAGGCUUCAAGGGGCCGCGGACUCUUCAGGAGGCUUUGCGGACUCUUCAGGAGGCUUUCUUCAGGAGCUUCAACGACUCUUCAGGGAGGACGACGGACUCUUCAGGAGGAGGGGCCCGCGGCGGAGGGAGGCGCCCGCGGACUCUUCAGGAGCUUCCUUUUCCCCGCGGACCUUCAGGAGGCUUUCUUACAAGGACUCUUCAGGAGGCUUCAAGGGGCCCGAGGACUCUUCAGGAGGCUUCAAGGGGCCCGCGGACUCUUCAGGAGGCUUCAAGGGGCCCGCGGACUCUUCAGGACUUCAAGGGGCCCGCGGACUCUUCGGCUUCAAGGGGCCCGCGGACUCUUCAGGAGGCUUCAAGGGCCCGCGGACUCUUCAGGAGACUUCAAGGGGCCCGCGGACUCUUCAGGAGGCUUCAAGGGGCCCGCGGACUCUUCAGGAGGCUUCAAGGGCCCGCGGACUCUUCAGGAGGCUUCAAGGGGCCCGCGGACUCUUCAGGAGGCUCAAGGGGCCCGCGGACUCUUCAGGAGACUUCAAGGGCCCGCGGAGGAGGCCGCGGACUCUUCAGGAGGCUUCUUCAAGGGGCCCGCGGACUCUUCAGAGGCUUCAAGGGCCCGCGGGAGGCUUCUCUCAGGAGGCUUCAAGGGCCGCGACUCUUCAGGAGCUUCAAGGGGCCCGCGACUCUUCAGGAGGCUUCAAGGGGCCCGCGGACUCUUCAGGAGGCUUCAAGGGGCCCGCGGACUCUUCAGGAGGAUUCAAGGGCCCGCGGACUCUUCAGGAGGCUUCAAGGGGCCCGCGGACUCUUCAGGAGACUUCAAGGGGCCCGCGGACUCUUCAGGAGGCUUCAAGGACUCUUCAGGAGGCUUCAAGGGCCCGCGGACUCUUCAGGAGGCUUCAAGGGGCCGCGGACUCUUCAGGACUUCAAGGGGCCCGCGGACUCUUCAGGAGGCUUCAAGGGCCCGGACUCUUCAGGAGGCUUCAAGGGGCCCGCGGAUCUUCAGGACUUCUUCAGGAGGCUUCAAGGGGCCCGCGGGACUCUUCAGGAGGUUUCAAGGGCCCGCGGACUCUUCAGGAGGCUUCAAGGGGCCCGCGGACUCUUCAGGAGGCUUCAAGGGGCCCGCGGACUUCUUCAGGAGGCUUCAAGGGCCCGCGGACUUCAGGGGGGCCCGCGGACUCUUCGGGAGGCUUCAAGGGGCCCGCGGCGGAAACUCUUCAGGAGACUUCAAGGGGCCCGCGGACUCUUCAGGAGGCUUCAAGGGGCCCGCGGGACUCUUCCUUCAAGGGCCCGCGACUCUUCAGGAGCUUCAAGGGGCCCGCGGACUCUUCAGGAGGCUUCAAGGGGCCCGCGGACUCUUCAGGAGGCUUCAAGGGGCCCGCGGACUCUUCAGGAGGCUUCAAGGGGCCCGCGGAUCUUCAGGAGGGGCGCGACUCUUCAGGAGGCUUCAGGCCUUCAUCGGAGGCUUCAAGGGCCGCGGACUCUUCAGGAGGCUUCAAGGGGCCCGCGGACUCUUCAGGCGGCUUCAAGGGGCCCGCGGACUCUUCAGGAGAGAGUCUCUGGGGAAACGCCGUCGGACUGCUCUUUUUCGGACUUCUUGUAGUGUCUUGUGGCGAGUCCGAAGAGAGACGACGGACUUGCUCUCUGAGGAUGGUCUGA